AGAUUCAAAAUGGCAAACGACUUUGUGGAACAAUUGAAAAACAAACAGGAACUCGACUAUUUUAAUCAGGAAGUUUUAUGCAAAAAACUGUAUGGGCCCAACGUCAUAAAUGAUCAAAGACCAUCAAUGUACAACGAAACAUUAAAAAAAAUAAUGUGUCCCGCCUACUGGGAUACGAUUUACUGUUGGCCUCCUACACCGGCCAACUCGACUAUAGUUGUUGGAUGCCCAUCAUAUGUCACUGGGUUUAUUGAGUCCUUAAACAUGUUUAAUUGUUUUUCUUUUUCAAACCCCAGAAACGAGUGGUCUAAAUUAAUUAAAGAUAGCCGAGAAUCUCUGGUCGUCCCCAACGACUUUUUUAAACAAAUAUUAGAAAUAUUUUCCAACACCAAAACAAAACACAAAGUGCUUGAAGUACUUUUCGCCAACGAUGUUGGCGAAGUGUUACACUUUUCUUCUGAAGAUAUAUUAGAAAUAUUCCUCAACACCAAAACAAAACACAAAGUGCUUAAAGUAUUUUUCACCAACGAUGUUGGCGAAAUGUUACUUUUUGGAUCUGAAGAUGCCAACAUCGUUGGCGAAAAACAUGAACCCAAACGAACUACAAGACUAGCAAAGUUAGGCUCCAAUAGCGUUUUAACCAACCAAGCCAUUCAUGAACCCCAAUUGAAUGUGGGUAUUACCAAAUCCCUGGUCGAGGGCGACUCCGGAUCGUACUUAGGUUUGGGUCGAUUUAACGUCCCCUGA